AUGUUGCCGUUCAAUAAGCAGCACCUCAACACUUCCAAAUUCAAAGCCAAUCGAUUGCUUGUCUCUGACCCUCAAUCCAAAAUCCAGAUAGCCUCCCCCAUCAGCCCACUGGAGGUUUCCCAGUCUGCUAUGCAGUUAUGGGUCUUUCCUGUCGGAAUAAUUCCGAGGAGUUCUGAGCCAUGCUUGCUAGGAGCCAUGGGCGAUCCUUUGGCGAAAAGCAAAUUCUUCGAGAACGUCGAUAACAAACGUUUUGACAAUGCUUUUCGCAAAAUCACUACCCAAAGAGACCGCCAGCCUGGACCCCCAGCAAAGGAUGCUCUUGGAGCUGUCGACCCGGGGUAUCAGUUCUUGCAAGUGUUCACAAUGAAUCUACCCCAGGAGCAAGAGCAGCCGGAAACUAACGAUAGCCGCGAUGCUGGAGCAACUACAACCGAUGAAAUUCAUGGCAAAGACGAUCGUCCUAUCCGGGAACCCUAA